GUCAUGUUCUUGAGAUAACUUUAAUAUUCUUUGAUCAUUUCUAUUGUGAAUGCUUGAGCAAAGAUGGAAGGAGGGCAAAACAGUCAUGAUCAUAUGUUUCAAGAAUCAUGGGAUCAAUCAGAAACUUCAUCUUCAUCAAUAGGAGAAGAUUCAGAUGCUUCAAAUGGAUCAUCCUCCAUAACUUCAUCUGACACAGUGGAUGAUGCAUCUUCAUCUUCAUCUCUUUGUGAUCUGUCAGAGAUCAUGGAUCAAUUGCCUAUCAAAAGAGGGCUUUCCCAGUUUUAUCAAGGGAAAUCAGAGUCUUUCACAUCACUUUCAAGGGUGACAAGCAUUGAAGAUCUGAUGAAGAAAUCAGCAACAACUCCUUCUAGAAGAAAUUUGAAGGCUUCAAAGAGCUGUGGAAAUGGUUUGCAUAGCUACAAGAUGUAUACUCUGCCUAAGGCUGUCAUAGCAAAGAAAUCUUCAAGGGGUGUUUCUUCUCUCUCAUCAUUUCCUAGCAAGAGAGGGGGUGUUGUUAUUAACAGCAAGCCCCCUCUUAGAUGACUUGGAAUGUUGAAGAAAAGUUUUAGAUGACUUCCACACACACACACAUGAGAGAGAGAAUGUAUAUAAGCAAUUUUGUGAUCAAUACUGUCUAUUUUCAUUUAUUUCAUUGUUCAUAGGCACAAAAAGCAAAGAAAUGAGACACCUUUUUUUUAUAUCAGAUCAAAGGUGUUUGUUUGUGCCUUCAAAAGUCACAAUUCUAUCUACUUUAUCCCACUUUGUGCGAUUCAAAUUUUGGAUAGGAAAAAAAGGCAAAAUUUUUGUGUUUUCAAGUUUUUUAGGAUUUGUAUAAAAUGGGCAAAUUGUUAAAAAAGCAUCGGUCAAUUUCUGGCUACUUCCGCAG